AUGAUGACCAUCGUGCGCGCCCCGCAACAACCGCCGCCUCGUGAUCCGGCCAUGGACCGAGCAUUCCAAGAGUCCGUCGAUCGCUUCUUGGCUACCAAGAAUCAACCAUUCACCGUAUCUGGCACCAUCCCCAUCUCUGAUCCUCUGAAUCUCUUCUUCCAGACCGACAAUGGAGCAUCAUAUGGCCUCCGUCUCCCACUCGAGGACGAGUUUGGCACUUCGCCAGCAUUCGAUGCACUCAUCAGCGCCUGCGAACCUGAAGAGAGAUUUGUACCUCCUGCCCGGACCGGCUCCGCGCCACCCGUCCGUAACAGCAUGACGAUGCCCACUCCCCGCCAGCAAUACAGCACCUUCACCAAUCCUUCGUCACCUAUGGUUGGUCCUGGUGCCGUUGUCCCUGCCGGCACCGUGCUUUAUCCUACUCCCCCGCCUCCCGGAAAUAUCCAAAACCCUAAUGCGUUGGUUGCGGGUCAAUUUAUCCCACCGCACCGUCGUUCACUUGUUUACCCUUCCGGGCGUCCGCUAGCCGUCUCAAUGGAGCUCUCGUCUCACCCCGUACUUGACAUUGUGAAGGCAACCUUGUUCCCCAAACUAGCUCAAGGAUAUCACCUCCUUGCGGUUCGAGAUAAACUCCACAUUCACCCAUCCGGUACCUACACUCGCCCGGUUCAUGAUGCUGUCUUCCCUGAGGGUGUUGUUGCGACAAUCAUGGUUACUCUUCCUGUUCAUUAUCGCGGAGGUACACUAGUUAUUGGGUGCGAGGGCAAGGAGGAGCGCUUCUAUAGCCGCCUCGGUUCCAAAGCCAACGAGCUUGAGUGGCAAGCGUGGAAGACUAACUGUGACUGGGAGGUACAAAAAGUCGAAAAAGGACACCGCGUCGCCAUGACUUGGCACGUCUAUCAACGCUCUUACGGCCCGUCCAGCCACCCGCUCAUGGUUCCCAGUGAUGCACUUCUCGAUGCGCUCGCCGACUUGCUCAACUACGCGCGUGGAAAGAACCUUGGUUUCUUCCUCUCACAUGAGUAUGGUGUCAGCCCUAGCGAUGUGCUAGCUGACUCACUCGCCCCCUAUCUUAAAGGUGCUGAUGCAAUCCUGUAUCACGCGGUCAAAGUUUACAAACUCCAACCCCAGCUCCGUUAUUGUGCUGGUGGCUACAUCUGGCCUGUCGAUAAGCCGGCAUUGAUUCUGGAUUCAAACCGUGGUCCUCAAUCCGCGACUCCCUUCAAACGUGCUGGUCGUUCUCGUUCCCUUACUCGCGAUACCCAGCUUCAGAUUUAUCAGCGCCGCGGAGAGCAUGAGGAAGAUGCUGAGUUGGCAGAAAAGGUUCAACGCGGGGGAGCUGUCCCCUUGGCUGAAGAGAAUAUCACGCUUCUUCAUUCUCCUGAGCAAGGUCAUAUUGCCAAGGAGCGUGUCCCAUUCUUGGCCAACGACGCGGAAAACACACUUGACCACUUGUAUGUUAAUGUUGUGUUGGUCGUCUUCAUCCCUUGA